AUGGCAAAAGUUUCCAUUCCGGAAAAUGCCGAAUGGCAAACUGCCGAUCUCGAAAUUGACGGCGAUUUCGACGAUGACAUGCUCCAGUUUUUAGGCUCUUUCGAAGAAGUUCUUCCCAAAGAGCUCCAGAAUGCUCCGGAGAAGAAAAAAGGCAAAAAACAGGUAACAUGAGAUGACAAGCACACCAAUUCAACAAAUUUUUACAGAAGAAAGAUAAAAAGGUGAAACCAUCAGAAGAUGAAGAAAAGUCGACAGAAGAGCGUCGAUUGGCGAAAAAACAACGGAGAAAAGAGCAGAUGGCUCAGAAUCGAAAGCUGAAAAAGGAGAGAUGGGCGAGGAGAAAACAGAAGGAAUCGGCCGAAAAGGAGGAAGGAAAAGAGAAGGAAAAUGGCGAGGAAAAGAAGAAAAAAGCGGGAGAAAAGAGGAAAAAUGAGGAAGAAGGUGGUCCGAAAGAGAAGAAAAAGAAGGGAAAGAGCACUGACAUCUCCGCGUGGAAGCAGUUCUUCUUCCUGCCGCCCGAGAUUCUGAACGCCAUCGAGGAAAUGGGAUUUGCCGAACCGACCGAAAUCCAAUCGGCCGUCCUUCCAGUGGCAGUACGUGACCGUCAAGACGUGCUCGGAGCAGCGGAGACCGGAAGCGGAAAGACGCUCGCAUUCGGAAUCCCCCUCGUCGCACGUCUUCUCGAGACUUCCGAAACACCUCCAGAAUCCGCAGAAACGACGGAGAGAACGCGCGGACCUCGUGCUCUGAUUGUUGCUCCAACUCGUGAGCUGGUUAUUCAGAUCAUGAAGCAUUUGAGUGCUCUCAUCGUCCACACCUCAUUGAAGGCGACCAGUAUUGUGGGAGGAUUGGCUCAGGUGAAGCAGGAAAGAGUGAUUGCUCAGCAGAGUCCUGACAUCGUCGUCGCCACUCCCGGAAGACUGUGGGCGAUGAUGGAAGCGGCGGAAGAGGGAAGUUAUCUGAAGGAGUGGAAGGAUCUCAAGUGUCUGGUGGUGGAUGAGACGGAUCGGAUGGUCGAGGAGGGGUACUUCAACGAACUGACCCAUAUUCUCAAUAAGGUUCACGAGUGAGUCCGAACCUUCUGAAGAUAUCCAAACGAAGAGGUUUUCAGAGAAUCAGAUGCGGAAAAAUUGCAAACUCUGGUGUUUUCGGCCACUUUGACGUUCGCCAAGGCGCAGGAUGUGGCCGAAGAGGAGAAGAAGAAGAACAGAGAGCUCAGCUCGCACCAGAAAAUUCGUGUGUCCUUCGGAAUCCCUCAGAAUCCUCGCAACAGUUUCAAUUUCCAGAACGUCUCAUCAAACUGACGGGUCUCCGUGAGAACAAACACAAAGUGAUCGAUCUGACGCGUCAAAUGGGAACCGCCGGGUGUCUCGUCGAGGCGAGAAUCAACUGUGGGAAUCUCGUGGAGAAGGACACUGCGCUCGUCUACCUGCUCACCCGAUAUCCCGGCCGAACGAUCGUGUUCGUGAACUCGGUCGACGCCGCCCGUCGUCUCUACAGUAUUCUCAAAGCGGUCGGAAUCGAUCCAAUGAUUCUGCACGCCAAAAUGAUUCAGAAGCAGAGACUGAAGAACUUGGAGAAGUUCAGCGAGUCCAAAAAUGCGGUUCUUCUGGCGACAGACGUGGCGGCGCGUGGAUUGGAUAUCCAGGGAAUCGACCAUGUCAUCCACUACCAAGUGCCUAAGAAAGUCGAGAUUUACAUUCACAGGAGUGGUCGUACCGCCCGUGCCAGCCAUCGGGGACUGACCGUUGUGCUGGUGGAUCCGCCGAGCAGACAGUUCUAUAUCAAACUGUGCAAGGGACUCAAUCGAAGUGGGAUUCUUAUCAUAAAUCACACGAAUUCAUUCUUUUUCAGUGCAAGAUCUCGAUAUCUUCCCGAUUGACUUCGAGCCUCUGUUGAAUGCGAUCAAAAAGAGAGUCCGACUGGCUUCUGAGAUCGAUACUCUCGGAUUCCGGUGCAAGAAGGUAUUAACAUGUUCCUGUUCUCUUCCAAACUCGUUCUCUAUUGCUUCCAGAUCAAAAUGUCCGAGUCGUGGUUCGAAAAAGCGGCGCGCGCGGCGGAUCUCGACUACGACGAAACCCGUCAUCGCGAGAUGGACGGUCUGAAUUCGGAAGUGGACGGAAUGCUCCAGAAGAGCAGACAACUGCAAGCUCAGCUCCGCGACGAGCUCGCUGCUUUGUUACCCCGUCCGGACGGCUCCGAUUCGCUGCGCACCAAGUAUAUCACCCCGGAAAUUGUGGCCAAAUUGAGAUCGGUCGGCGACGACGCGAUUGACGUGCUGCAUCAGAAGAUGGAGGAGACGAAGGAGUGGAAACGAAAGAGCCGCAAAGCCGCCAGGACCGAUGAGACUAAUUCGGUGAGCGCGGAUUUGCUGGGAUUCCCUGACGGAUAAGCUCCCUCGCUAACCAACAUGCCCAUCCGUCCUUCCUCUUAUCGCCGAUGUACUAUCACUAAAAGCGAACGGGCGGCUGGCUUUCGUGCUCUCUGCUCCCUUCCGCCCUCUCUCUCUCCCUCUUAUUCACUCUCGCAGUGAUUCACGACCUCCCGUCCGUCCGCGCAAACACCUCUCGCUUCUCAUUUUUCUCUGUUUUUCGCCCUGUUCUCGUCGUUUUUUGCGUCUCUUCCGCCGCUCCGAACAAGCGCGUUCCGUUCUUCUGACCAUUAAGCUUGCUAGUGAGCAUGUAGAUGGGCUCUCUUAUUCCUUAUUUGAUUUAGAAAACAUAUUUUCAUAAAAUGUGCACUUUCAGAUGAAGAAGUCCCUGAAAAACGCCCAAAAGAACAAAGAACGUUUGGUCGAGAAGAAGAAGAAGAGUAUCGCUGCCAAACGUGUCGAUUUGACCGAAAACGAAUGA